CCCGCUAUUUUUUGACAAGUCAGCUUGAACUUGCUGCUUGUAUAGAAAUAGUGAAUUUAUUUAAUUAUGUCGCUUCUAGAAGAUAUAUUUUUGAGGGACGAGGCAGAUGAAGCGAGAGAACUGGAACGUGUUAUUGAAGGCGAUGAUUAUGAAGAUAGACCUCCACGUUCAGACAGUGAUGAUAAUAGUGAAAAAGAAGACGAAGCCGAGGAAGAGAAAAAACGUGUGGAUCCAUCGAGUACGAAAACUAAACGCACGGUGAAAAAUCCAAGAUUCAUUUUAAAUCCUGCUCGACUGACUGGUCCAAGGGGCAUACAGGUUAUUCCUGAACAUUUUAAAGAUUUUAAAUUUAAAGGCAAAGGUCAUGAAAGAGAAGAUUUGGAUUUAGUGCUAAAGAAACUAGAACAUUGGGCUUACCGAUUGUAUCCGAAAUUCGAAUUUGCAGAUUGUUUAAAGAAGAUUGAAACUUUAGGAAAAAAGAGACCAGUUAUGGUUCACCUACAGAAGAUAAGAUCAGAUCAAUACAUAACAGAAGAAACCAUUGUCCAGAAGGAUUCCAGUGAUGAUGAAAUACCGGUAGAAAGAGAAGAAGAUGAAUUUGACAAGCUGUUGCAGCAGCAAAUAGACUUGGCUAGAAAUACACCCGCACCAACAUCAGUGAAGAAAAACAUUCCGGAAGAUUCCAUUGUUGAUAGAUCACUAUUUACCGCACCAAAAGCAACAUCAUCACCAUCAAUCAGUGAUGAACAGAGAGAAAGGAUGAUAAGAAAUCGGCAACUGGCUGAAGAGAGACGUCUAGCUAGACUUAAUAAUAAAACAAUCACUGAAAAUCAAGAUACAAUUACUAAUACUACUAGUAUUAGUGCUACUUCUAUUAGUAAGGAAGAUACAGACGAGAUAAUUGUUACUAAAAAACAUAGAACAAAUACAAUAGACAGUUCAGACGAGGAAGAUUUAAAUUCUAUAAAUGAAUCUAUUUCUGUAGACAUUCAUACUAAUAGUAACAAAAUCUCCGAUACAACAAAAACCAAUGAAAAUAGAAUUAGUAAUGAAAUAAACAAAGAUAUAGAAAUAAAAGACACUGAAUCACAUAAAGAUGAUUUAAAUCCAUCAAAAGAAUGUGAGAAAGAAAUAAAUAGCAAUUUAAAUAUGGAUAUAGAAUAAACUAUAGAAAUAUAUAAGAAUGUUAACAGUGGUAGAGAUGUUUAACAUCUUCGCACGAAUCGGCCCGCCUCGCCCGGUGUAAUACCACGACCAUACAGAAGACAGGCCUCAAGUGGAGGCGAUUCCAAGUGCAGUCUGAUGAGUGUGCGUCCCGGAGGCCUAAUAUAGUCCUCUUUCCCUUCCCCUCCUUUUCUUUA